AUGAAUUAUUCUACCAGAACUGUCAUGGUUAGACAUGUUUUAAAGGCUUUACCUACUUAUCAGAUGGGUUACUUUAGAAUUCCUAAGACUAUGAUUGAUCAAAUGGAGUCUAUCCAAACUCAUUUCUGGUGGGGCCAUAGUAGUAAUAGAGGUCUAUGUUUGAUAGGGUGGAAUAAGCUAAGUAUCCCUAAAGCUUUAGGGGGACUAGGAUUUAGAAACCUUGAGCAAUUCAACAAUGCUAUGUUAGCUAAGUUGGCCUGGAAAGCUUGUAAUGAUGAGAAUUCUCUUUGUAUGCAAAUUCUUAGAGCAAAAUAUGGUAAAAAUGGUAGUUUACUCCAUCUUGAUAAGUUAAAGGAUGAAUCUUCUUGGCUUUGGAAAGGUAUUUAUGUUGGUAUUGAAGUUGUGCAACAAUACUCUAUGUGGAUAGUUCAGUGUGGUACUAAAAUUAAUAUUUGA